AUGGCCCCGGUAGAAUUGUAUGCGGACUUAUCGCCCUCUGUUUUUAGGUUGGACAUCGCAAAGUCUUUUGAACAACUGGAUAGAGAUGAGAAGCUUUAUAGUCAUUUCAUGUCUAAGGCUGCGUAUCAAUGCACACGUAUCGUACUUCGGCAAGUGUCGCAGGAAUCGGAACAUAUUUUCGAUCUAAUCAUCGAGUUGGCAAAACAAUGCAAUUGCCAAUGGGAAAUCCUUCAAGAGAAGACCGGUGUCAGCGCAUAUGCGAUUGAUUAUUUCCUUGACUAUGCUGCAAUAUUUCUGGAUAGUUUGGGAAACUACAGAGGAUAUGGAGAUCGGAAGAUCAUUCCGAGGUUAUCAGCUGAGGAAUUCAGACGCAUUUGCGCUUAUUCAGAGACAACUGCCGAGCUCUAUAAAACGAUCGAAAAUGACAUAUUCUCCGAGCAACCGGCUUCCAUUGGAUUUCCUGACCAGGGUGGAAUGAGUGCCUUUUAUCCAUGCUCCCCAGAUAUUAGCAAAGUUGAGAUCGAAGAGGUGCAGCGAGCGCUGCUUCAACAUGACAAGCAUCUUCUGGACCAUACCCGGCUCAAGAAAAUACAAAGCACUGAAGGCCCCACGUACCUUGUCAUCGUGGCCUCUAGCUCAAUUGAUCCUCCGGAACAUACAAUUAUCUUCAAUACAAAGCAGCCCAAGAUUGAUUUCCAGUAUGGAGACUAUGCUGCCGAGUUGGAGAAAGUCAGGAAAUCCCUUCAAGAGAGCGCCAGGUUUACAUGCAAUGAACAUCAAAAGCAAUACAUAGAGCAUCUCGCGGAGUUCCUCCGGACAGGACACAUUGAGACUCACCGACAAGCAGCGAUAUCUUGGGUUCAGAAUAAAGGCCCUGUGGUGGAGGCAAAUAUUGGCUUCCUCACCGCAUACCGUGACCCUGCUGGACUCAGGCGCUCAUGUGAGGGGCUCGUCGCUAUCAAGAAUAAAGAGGAGAGCCGAACUUUGAACAAAUUGACCGAGUCCGUGAAUAGUUUGCUGGGGUCAUUGCCAUGGGUUGUUAUUAACCAAUAUGUCUCAGCAAACGAGCCUUACGGUCCCUUUGAGAAACCUCGAUUCGUUAAGCCUGACUUUGUCAGCUUGGAUGUUCUGUCAUUCUGUGGAGUGACUUGUUGGAGCGGGAUUUCAGGACCAACCUAUCAAGAUGUCAAGCAAGUCUAUGGCAAGAAACACAUUUUGUUUUCAAAUAGGACUGCGGCUGUCAAUUCGCAGGACAAGGUGCCUUUUCUGAACGCAUCGGACCAAAAGAUCUUCAAGUACCUGCGAGAUUUUUGUCUUAGAAUAAUGAUAGCUGUACAUGAGCUGAUUGGACAUGGCUGCGGGAAAAAUCUCGCUGAGACUAGCCCAUCGGUAUACAACUUUGACUAUUCUAGCCCACCGAUAAACCCGUUAACCGGAGACUUGGUCAAAACUUGGUACAAGGUUGGGGAAAGCGCCAAGUCCCUUUUCGGAAGUACUUACGCUGGCAUGAAUGAAUGUAUUGCUGAAUUGGUUACCAUGCAUCUGCUUUCCAAUACAGAGAUUCUAACAAUUUUCGAACUAUUCGAGAAAUACCCUACGGUUGAUGCUGAGACAUUUGAGUAUGUAGGAUAUCUGCAGAUCAUAACUUUGGGUUUGAGAGGAGUUAUGACAUAUGACCAUUCCAAAAAGAAAUGGGGACAGGCACACGACAAGGCACGGUUUGCAAUUGUCAGGUAUCUUUGUGAAUUUGGAAACGGUGUUUUGGAAAUCAAACAUCAUCCUGCCACUAGCGAGGCACCGGCGGAUUUGGCGAUUACUUUGAACAAGGAUCUUAUUCCGGUGGCUGGUCGACAAGCAAUUUACAAUCUUCUUCUUCGUUUGCAGGUUUACCUUGCCACAGCAGAUCUCGAAAAUGGACAACCAUGGUUCGAGGCCUUGGCUCAAGUGGACGAGAACUACCUACUAUGGCAGGAAGCAGUCAAAAUACAUCAUCAACAACGGCCGAUUUUUGUCCAGGCAAACACGAUAUUGCAGGAUAGCCAUGAAGCCGCUCAAGAGGAUUUGUUCUCUUCUCAAGGAGAGGUUCUUAUUCAGGAAUAUCCUUCAACGCGGGAAGGUGUCAUCCGCAGCUGGGUCGAUCGAUAUACUCUAUGCGAUCUUUGA